AUGGCGACAACAGUACCAGAUCAACCGCCCCCUCCGCCCGACAAUGAACCAGUCUACGGCGGCUAUACGCGAUUCGAAAUCGAGCUCGAGUUCGUCCAAUCACUCGCGAAUCCCCUCUACCUAAACCACCUCGCGACCCAAAAACUCCUCACCCGCCCCGACUUCGUCGCCUACCUCGCCUACCUGCAGUACUGGACCCGCCCGCCGUACCUAAAGUACCUCAUGUACCCCGGCCCGACGCUCAAGCACCUCGAGCUCCUGCAGCAGGAGCAAUUCCGGCAGGACGUCAUCAGUCCCGAUCUCGUGCAGAGGCUGAUGGACGACGGGAUGCGGGCUGCGGUCGACUGGCACCGGAGCGAUGCGUGA